AUGGAAAGCGUUGCUCGUAGCAUCAAGAGGUCGAGAGUGGUGCCACCGGCGACGCCGCCUUCUGGUGGUGUGCUGGUUGUCGGAUGGGAUGGAAGCAGCAAUCAUGCUCCCUGUCGAUCCGAGGCGGAAGAAGAGGGAUGUCGUGCGGACCGCAUCAGCAAUCUCGCCGACGCCGUCCUAGGUGAGAUCAUCUCUCGUCUUCCCGUCAAGGAGGGCAUCCGUACUCGAAUCCUCGCACGUCGCUGGCGUCCUUUGUGGCCCAUCGCUCCUCUGAAUCUCAACUGCCGCGAGAUCCUUGUCCCGCGUCUUUUUAACAAUGGAGAAACAGUUCAUAUCGAGACCACGUCUAGGCUGUCCGCCUUCACCAAUGAGCGCGUCCGUAAAUGCUAUUUUGGAACUUGGCGUUAUCUAGAAUGUUUCGCUGUUGUUGUCAGCCUUCCGGAAUGCAUCCUGUCCAGUCAUGCUGGCUCGGUUCUUGAGUUCUGCUACCUCUUCCCAGGAUUCCUGACGAAAGAGGUCACACUACUGGAUGUCAACGACUCGGUGAUAACCGUCGUCUCUGCACCUAAACUGGAGACGCUACGUCAAUUUGUGUUUGUGAAAGUCAAGAUGGAGGACUUGGUGAAAAUUGGUGUCUCUGCAACUGUACUGGAUAAAUUCACGGAUGCUUGGGGUGUGUCAUGCCUUGCGGGUUUGGGGGCAUUUGGGCUAACACGAUUGCGGCAUUCUGUCAAGACCUUAUUUAUCCUCAUGCCUUAUAUAGUCGACUUGGUUGUUCCUUUGUUGCAGUUGUUUCCAAAUCUGCAGAACUUGUUUGUCAAGGUAUUUGUUGCUUUCAUGAAUAUUUUUAGGGAGGAUGCAUUCGUCAUGGUGAAAAAAACAAAUGGCAUGUUCAGCACGGGCAGUUUCUCAAACAUCACAACAUUUGCCUGA